GAUCUUUAAGUUUUAGUGGCCUUUUAAGACCCCACAACACAGUCACUCCUGGCUGGGUCAUAAUAAUGGCUCUCUCAGCUUUCUCACAUACAUCCCACACAUUAUUCACCAGUGUAACCAGGCUAUGUAUACCCUCCUUAGCCACUUUCAUUUGGCCACUGGGUUCACGUCACCUAUAUGCUCCAGCUUCAAUGGGACUUGAAAACUUUGUAUCCCUGAGACAGAAGACUGAGAUUCAGUUUACCAAUAAGAAAGAAAAAUUUAAAGAAAAAAUGGAUAAGCUGAUGCAUUCUAAUGAUAAUGUCAUGGUAUUCACAGAAGAUCUUAAGAGUGCUGUAUUUCUAGCAGAGGCGACAGAGAAAGAUCUUUCUCUGGUUUUAGAAAUGGCAAAGAAGUUCAAUCAGCAGUAUCAGGGUCUUCGUUUUGGAGCAUAUGUGUUCGGCCCAGUGGUAAUGCGAAUGUAUCAUUACCUAAACCAGCCUGAUGCAGCUUUAGCAGCAUUAAAGACCAAGGAGUUGGAUGGGUUUUUUGAUCAGAUGAUAUCAUACCACAUAGCAAUGGACUUGUUAUAUAAAAGUGAGAAAUACGAAGAUGUAUUGGAUGUGUUUGAACUAGUGCAAGAAAAACGAAUUGCUGGAGUAAAAUACCCCAAGAAUUGCUUCACCAUUGCUGUAGCCACUUUCUACAAAUUGAAUACACAAGAUAGCUUGAUGAAGGUGCUGAACCUGUUUGAUAGUGCUGAGGAAUAUGGCUUAUUUAUCAACCGCCGCAUCAUCAUGUUUGCAGCAGCACUCGCCCUGAAACAAAACCAGCCUCAUAUUGCUUUGGAACUGUUGUUGAGAGCAGAUUCUGUUACUCACAUUUCAAUUUGCUCUAUGAAAGUAAUUGCUUUGUGUGAGCUUGACCGGAUUGAGGAUGCACUUCCUCUCUUGCGCUCACUGAUACAGAUAGAUCUUCCUGCCACCAGCAGAUCAUCAGGAGAUUUUUACAUUGUAGAAGAAGCAGUGUUGACAGCAGAAACUGCUUCACAGAAAACUGGGAAAAAAGAAUUAAUUGCAGAGUUUGAACACAUUAAGAAAAGUCUUCUGGAAAACAACAGUAUUUCUGAUAAGACAUUGGACAUGAUAUUAUCAGAGCCCAUUGAAACAUUCAAGAUGCAGGAAUCCAGGCAGCAAGAAAAGGCAAUGCUAGCUGCCUCAUUUUAUGGGAGAGGAAAGCGACCAGUACACCAUUCUCGCAGACAAGGCUUGUUUGAUUAUGAGUAAUUAUGUUAAUGUGUGACCUAAGAUAAUGAGAAAAUGAAGCUUCAGUGUACAGCAUUUUAAGCAUUAUUUAGCUAUCCACUAUUGAGUACCUCAGCUUAAUAUACAUAAUUUGUGUUAAAUCCAUAUGGAUCAUACAGCAUUGCUGCCAUUUUUCAGGGUUUAUAUUUUAAGAAGCCUGAUCAAAAGCAUUAACCAGAGAUGCAACAAUCAAAAAACUGCAACCAGUGGCAUAGCAAAUCCAUAACAUGUUAAGCAGUUUUGCUGCAGCAAAAACCACACCUUAAGCAGUGGCAUUUUUGUAUUUUAUAGGUUUACCUGACUGAAGAAAAUUUUACCCUCCUAUAACCAGUGCUGACAAGAUCUUCAUAUUAAUAAUAUGUACUAUUAUAACUCAUGGGGAAGCAUUGAAGCCAUAAUGUUUGUAGUACCUGGGAUACAGAAAUCAGAGGAAAGUUAGUUUCAGUUCCUUGCAUCAAGGCAUCCUCAUCCUUGAUUGUAUGUAAUUAUUCAAUUUAAAGGAGUUUAAUUUCAAAUUUUGCCAAUGAUUACAUUACCUUAAGUGUCAUUUACUGAACAGGGCCAAUAGAAAUUACUUUUCCUUUAAAAACCAUGUUGCAAAGGAAGGGGUCAGGGGCAUUUAGAAUUUGUCCAAGGAAAGGGAGAUUUAAUUCCCCAGAUCUAGGACCCCUUUGCCAUGGAAAGGCAGCAACUUUGAAAGGUGCCACAGUAGUGGUUUUAAUUUGCCUUCAUUGGAUGAAAUCUUUGUUCCCCAGGUGCAACAUGUCCUCCACUAGUAUAGAACUUCCACUAAGGUACAGCAAAUUUAGCCAUGCACAAAACCUUAAUCUAGGGCAUACAGUAGACUAGUGUAGAUGUAAAAUAGAAACUUAAAUUGUACCGUAAGAAAUGUGUGCUCGUGUAUUUAAAUUUUGUUUAGGGAUGUUUAGUACAUUUGAUGUAAAAUAAAUUUUAUAUAAUUUUUCACAAUUGGGUCCUUUAUCAGCCAUUUAGGAAUGUUAUUUCUACACAGUUAAUGGCUGUAGUCAUGAUUUUAAUCCAAGGAAGGGAAAGGGGCUGAAUUUUUCUUUCCACUGCUUUUGCGAUUAGUAAAAAAAAACGAUCAGACUUUCCCCACAAAUGUUCUCCCACUUCCUUCCCUUUCCACACCAUGGCUGUGAAACCUCGAACCAUUAUCAGAAAAAUAUUCAGUACAUUAAAAUUACUUAUAAAAUUC